CAUCAGUAAACUUAUGCACAACCGACCGAUCAGUGAUCGAUAUCCACUGACAGGCAGGAAACCGGAAGUCGGCGGUGUGUCGGUAAUAACUAUAUAAUAAGGUUAUACUAGGACAUCAACCAUAAAGCUGAAGGCGCACGCACACAGGAAGUUACGUGAUUAAACGUUCGGGGCUGAUGAGAGAUUUUUUAACUGAGUUUGUUUCCUCCUCAGUGUGGGGCAAACUGAGGCCCCGGGCCUCUGGAGCCCCUGAUCCGGCUCUCCUGUCACCGAGUGCCACUGUGAGUGGGGUUAAACUGAGCUGGGCGCACACAGCUAAUUAGUGAGCUUUCAUCAUCUCUGAGACAUCGCAGUGAAUCAGCCCGCGGCCAGCCACGCCCCCUUUCUACAUACAGGAAAGAUGCUCACCUGGCGUAGAGGACCUGACAGGAAGUGAGGCAAGAAGCAUCUUUGCAGUCAUUCGAUCAGCGUGCCAUCCUGUGAUUGGAGGGUUUAUGGUUUGACCUACGCUGUGAUGUCAGAGAGCUGUACGUGUGAGAUGUGUCUGUAAAGUUGUUUGAUUACAAGACAGAAGCCUUAAAACAAAGACAAACUGUGACGAUAUCACCGGAUGACGGCUCUGAUUGACUCGCAGAUCGGGAUCUGGUGUAAAUGGUUUAACGCAAUCUCUCUGACCGUGGGGUGACAUCACAGUUUGGCCCCACCCCUUCCGUGACACACUAAUCACUGAUCGGCAGAGCAGCUUGCCUUCUCAGUGGGCGGAGCCUCCAGUCAGCUGUGAUGGCAUGUCAGGGAAUGAAUCGGACACCUGCUCGCUGACGGUGGGCUCAACUGUCUCAGGUGUGUGAGCUGUGCUGACCUUGGCGGCGAUGGCUCUGAUCGAAGGCGUCGGGGAUGAGGUGACGCUGCUGUUCGCCACUCUGCUGGUGCUGACAGUGCUGCUGCUCGCCUGGAUCUCUACCCGCACGUCUGAGCCUCCAGAACACCUGUUUGCAGGCCCCGCCCCCUCGCAGAGGACUGAACACAGCCAUCAAGACACGGCCCCUUCAUCCACCACCACCACCCCCUUAUCCUCAUCCUCCUAUCCACUAUCUUCACCCUCCACCUUUUCCAUGGCCUCAUCUUCACCUUCCUCUGUGGGUGACAGCUUUCUGACAGAGGCCCCACCCCCACCAGAGGAUGAACAGGUGGGAGGAGAUGGCGUGAGGAGCAGAGGAGGGGAGGGUGUGGCGUCUCAGAGGAACAUGGUGGUCAGGCUCAAAUUCCUCAACGACACAGAGAGAACGGCGCAGGUCAAACCGCAGGACACCAUUGGGUACAUCAAGAGGACCUACUUUGCGGGGCAGGAGCAUCAGGUGCGCCUCAUCUAUCAGGGCCAGCUGCUGCAGGACGACGCGCGGACGCUCGCCUCGCUGAACCUCGCCCAUAACUGCGUCCUGCACUGCCACAUCUCGCAGCAUGCAGCGCGGGCGGCGGCGGGGGGUCCACGACCUGCUGACCAGGUGCGGGUGGCGCUGAACGUGGGCAGCCUGAUGGUGCCGUUACUCGUGCUCAUGCUGUCCGUGCUGUGGUACUGCCAGAUCCAGUACCGCCAGUUCUUCACCGCCCCGGCCACUGCCUCGCUGGUCGGGGUCACCAUCCUCCUCAGCCUGGUGGCCUUUGGCGUCUACCGCCGCUAACUGCGCUCCCAUUGGCCGGUGGUGGGGGGAAAGGACGCUAAGUGCAGUUAAUGUUUGUUUCUGUUGCCAUGGAGACGCCGAGCAAACAGGGACUCUGAUCGUCAUUAGAUCACGUUUGUCUUCAUCUUCAUCAUCAGCGUGCCUCUUUGAUGUGUGUGGGAGGCAGCGGUGCUGAUGCACCUGUCUGCCUCACCUGUGCGUGUGUGUGAGAGAUGCAGGUGUUUCUGAUUUCAGCUUUUGGACAAAAUCUAUUAAACCUUUAAUUUAU